AACGGGGCUGCAGUUUUCAAACCUCAACUGUACGCUCCCGUCACCGUCUUCGCCGCCGUAGUCGGGAGCCACCUCGCUGGGGAGGUCAGGUCACAACUGUUGGCCGUUGUCCGGAAGGGUAAAAGUGGGUCCUGCCACGCUCGGAGCUGCGCGGCACCUCAAGGGGCUAGAGCUGGAGAACGUGUCCUGUCGUGGCCACCUGUGUGGGGCGGGAUUGGAGCCCCCUUGGAGGGGGCAGCCCCGGGAGAACCUGCUGCGGCCCGAGCGAUAAAAAUAAGUGACUGAAGAAGUCUGUCUGGGAGUCAUCAUGUUGAGGAGAAGAUUUGAUUGCCGAAGUAUUUCAGGCAUGCUAACUACCACUCCUCAAACUCCAAUUAAAGUGGAAAACUUUAAUAAUUUUUAUACACUUACAUCUAAAGAACUGGGAAGAGGAAAAUUUGCUGUGGUUAGACAAUGUAUAUCAAAAUCUACUGGACAAGAAUAUGCUGCAAAGUUUCUAAAAAAGAGAAGAAGAGGACAGGACUGUCGAGCAGAGAUUCUACAUGAAAUUGCAGUACUUGAAUUGACAAAAUCUUGUCCCCACGUGAUUAAUCUUCAUGAAGUCUAUGAAAAUACAAGUGAAAUCAUUUUGAUAUUGGAAUAUGCUGCAGGUGGAGAAAUUUUCAAUUUGUGUUUACCUGAGUUGGCUGAAAUGGUUUCUGAAAAUGACAUUAUCAGACUCAUUAAACAAAUACUUGAAGGAGUUCAUUACCUACAUCAGAAUAACAUUGUACACCUUGAUUUAAAGCCACAGAAUAUAUUAUUGAGCAGCAUAUAUCCUCUUGGGGACAUAAAAAUUGUGGAUUUUGGAAUGUCUCGAAAAAUAGGAAAUGCAUGUGAACUUCGGGAAAUCAUGGGAACACCAGAAUACUUGGCUCCAGAAAUCCUGAACUACGAUCCCAUUACCACAGCAACAGAUAUGUGGAAUGUUGGUGUAAUAGCAUAUAUGUUAUUAACUCACACAUCCCCAUUUGUGGGAGAAGAUAAUCAGGAAACAUACCUCAAUAUUUCUCAAGUUAAUGUAGAUUAUUCGGAAGAAACUUUUUCAUCAGUUUCACAGCUGGCCACAGACUUCAUCCAGAGCCUUUUAGUAAAAAAUCCAGAGAAAAGACCAACAGCCGAAAUCUGCCUUUCUCAUUCUUGGCUACAGCAGUGGGACUUUGGAAACUUGUUUCACCCUGAAGAAACCUCCAGUUCCUCUCAAAGUCAGGAUCAUCCAGUAAGGUCCUCUGAGGACAGGACUCACAGGCCCUCUUGUAAUGGCACCUGCAGUGACCGGGAAGACAAAGAGAACAUCCCGGAGGACAGCAGCACGGUGUCCAAGAGAUUCCGCUUUGACGACUCGCUGCCCAGCCCCCACGAGCUUGUGUCCGAUUUGCUCUGUUAGCACUUUCCUCCUCACCCCAUUUGAACUGAGUCUGGAAUCUGAAAUCCACUCCAGUAUGAGACUGUGGUUUGUAGCUUCAUAUAUGGCAUGUUUAUAUUGUAAAUGCACUUUUGCAUUGAAGAAUUUAGGGAAAUGUUUGAAUGCUCAAUUAGUAGUGACUAGCACAAUUUCAUUCCCUAUACUGAGAUAUCAACUCUUCAAAAAAUAUUUAAAUAUAUAACAAAAAUAAAAUUGUACUUAUGAGUUUACAUGUUAAUGAAAGAGUUUGGGUUCAAAUGAAUUUAUCAGAAUGUCUUCCAUAUCAGGAAAAAAGUGAUUUGGGUUAUAUUAUGGUUGAUGUAAACUAAACAAAAUGAAGACAUUUAAAUUUAAUAGAUUCUCCAAGGUAAGCCCUACACCAUGCCUCUAUUGACAUAAUUUUGUUUAGGAUAACAGUUUCAAGUUUAAAUAAAUAUAUAGCUAUUCUAUAGAUGCUCGAGAUAUUUAACACUUGAAAAUGUUUUUCAGUCAUGGAUAUUUUGAAACUGCAUUACAUAUGAUCUGCUAUAUGAGACAGGUCCUUUAACCAGAGCAGAGGAGGGGUUAGAAACUGGAUUAGGGAUAUUCUAUACAAGUUAAAACAGGGAAAAGAACAGCAUGGCAUCAUUUUUAACUCAAAUGUCUUUUGCCCACUCUCACCAUACUUCAGAUUUAACAAGGUCUGAAGGAUGGAGAAUAGAAGCUAUACAAGUGUAGAGGGUUUUCGUCCUCCAGAUUCUCUAGAGUAGAUGAUACUUAGAUGAAACUGAAUGUGCUCUAUUUUCAGUCAACGAAACAUAUUUAUUAAUUGAAUGUAGAAGAAAGUACUGACAGACUUACACAACUUGCAGAAUUUUAAGUAUCUUCUGAGUCUUGGAGUACAAGCUAAUCUUUCAGAGUUGUAAAAGUAUGCAUAAAACAUAUCAUAGCACACUAGGACUGCUAGCACAGUGCCAGUCAGCAGUAGCAAGGUGAAUGUGAUCAUAAAACAGGAUGACCUCAAGCUCUUCUAAAGUUGUGAAAAACUCUUCCUAGUGUGUGACAAGGCUCAGCAGAGUGGCCUUUAAUGGUGUUUCGCUGGGGCCACUGCAAGUAACAGUCCAAGGACAGCAGAAUUAUGGGAGGCCAGUGACUAUGUUCAGUCCUAAGGGGGUGGGGAUUGACUCCUAUUGGGUAAUUUUUGAUGACUUUCCACCUGGAGACUAUUUAAACUCAUGUUAUCAAGUUAAGAUAACUAUAACUUUGCAACCAUAAUACUGUGUCAAAAGAAAUUCGGUUUUGUCAAAAGAAAUCCUUGCGUUUUUUUUCCCUUUGAAUUAUAUGUUAUUCUAGAAAGACUUCUUGAAAUUUUGUGAGAUUCCAAAUAACUUAAAAACUUUUAAAUAACCAUCAGAUUGCUUUAUUUAGGUAAAUGGAGAAUUCCUUUUACAUCUUCAACAUUUAUUGAAGGAAAAGUUAUUUCUGCUUGUGUGUGUGUAUAUGUGUAAAUGUGUUUGUAUAGAUGUAUGUAUAUAUGUAUAGAUAGAUGAAAUAAGUCCUUAGACAACUUUCUGUUAGAGAUUCUUCCCUCCAGUAUAUUGCACUCAGCUUAGGUGCUGAAGAAGCUAUCAUCUUAAGACAUGUAAAUAUACAUUUAACUUCCUUAAGAAGUAGUUAUUGGUUCAGUAAACUAGUCACUGCAGAAGCUAAUUGGGCUUCUGUAUAUCUAAAACUGAUGAGUUUUUUCUGAAUCGUUGGUUGUCCAUUUAUUUGCCUUCAGUAUUAAGCUAAUGCAGGUAAAGUUUAGUAAGUCAUUGGAGAAAGAGGAAAUUAUUACUUUUACAAAAGACCAUAUUAUAUUUUUUAAUUUCCAGAGGAAUUAUGCCAUACUAAAAAUCAAGCAAUGUUUGGGUUUUGAAUUAUAAACUGUUUCUUAAAAAAUAUUUUAUGCUAAUUACUUUUAUUCUGAGGAAUCUUAAAAUAGUUUAUCUGUUUCCCCUUAGUUAAUAGAAUACACAGGGUUAUAAAUUUCCAUACCUUUUUCCCUACCAAUUUUCAUUAUAAAAGCAACUAGUUGUUGCCCAAACAGUAUAAAAAUUCAAUUUUUUCAUAAAGAUGAACUUAAAAUUUUCUCUGAUUGAUAUAUGAAAAUAAACUAAUUUUUAGAGGAACUUAUUCACAAAUAACUAUUACUUAUUAAAUUUUUUCUUGAUAAUUAUAAAAUAAUUCGUACUUUCCUCCCGCAAGAUUGAAAGCAAGUGUUAAUCAAAACGGUUGAUAUAUUUCACUGAAGUGGGAAUAUGGAGAUCCCCUCAGAGGUGAAUAGAUGUCAGUAAUCAUCUGAAGAUUAAUGUUAUAUUGUGAUGAGUUUAUAAAGUAUAAUUUGCUUUUUGGUUAGGAUCUUUGGAUCAAUGGGAUUAAAAAUAGAAGGGGUAUAGCUGACAAUCAUGUGUCAUUUCAACUUUUUCCCCCCACACUAAAAGUAACCUAACUCUGAGCAGUAAAAUUAUCACGGCACUUUAAAGAAAGUAAGCAGGACCUGUUCUCCAGGUUGUAAUGAGAUAAGGCACCUGUGCCAGAAUAUAAAUCAGCACACUGCUUCCUUUAUCAAGAAAGUCUUGUUAUAAAAGAAAUAGCCAAUUAGUGACAUAAUAGAUUUCCAUUCUGGCACAAGUUCUUUCUUUCAUUUUGAAUGAGUCACAAAUCAUUCAUAGACCAAAAUUUGAAUAGCCUUUCUGUAAGUAAGUAACAUUUAUAACUGUUGAUAUUUUAUAACUGUUUACAUUUCCUCUGUUUAUAUUUGAAUUUUCAGUUUGACAUCUGACUUGGAAACUUGUCCUUAUUCAUUGUUGUAUAAGCAAUUGUACUUUAAUUUUGAAUUGUAUUAAAAUAAGUUAUCUGAUUUCCAAUUUGGGGAAUUAUUAUUAGUUUAUAAUUUUAUGAAAGUUUAAAGAACUUUAAACUCAAGUAUAAAUUUCACACAAAUUACAAUUGCCGUCCAUCUCAACUUUUAUUCAGUAAUCAUGUUGCUGAAGGCAUAUUGCCUACAAUUGUUUUGAAUACUCCAGUAAAAGAAAAAUUACAUCAACUUAAUGAUCCUUUUGGUUACAAAUUAAAAAGCAUUUUUUUAA